UAUAUAUCAGAAGAAGAAGAAGAAAAAAACAAUUACAUAGAUUUUUCUGAAUCGUUUUCCUAAGUGAGGCGGACGGGUUGAAGAUGCAACUCAUAAUCAGUCAAUUAUGAAGAAACUGGCGAUUGAGAGAAAUAAAAAAAGAAAACGAAAGGCAGAAAAAGAGAGGAAAGUAAUCGUCUACUGAAACUGCAAAUGAAUUAUGCUCACCAAGUGUUUGACAAAAGUACCCAACACCAUAAUCUUCGAGAUUCAGGGUUACUUGUUGCAGAAGAUCAAUUUUCGCGCUCUUUUCUCAAUGUAUAUCACGUCACCAUCACGUGGACAAACCAACUGACUCUGUUUUUUCGUCUUCUCCUCUUCAACUCUUUCCCAUUUUCCCUGACUUGUCUCCUUUAAAUUAGAAAGAAAAUCGCCAUCGUUAAUAAACAUCGCCCGAUUCCAACCCUGAUCAUGGCGAGGGAGCCAUCGGAGGCUCAAGAAGUGGAGAAAGACAAAGAAAUUGACCAGAAAAAACAUCCAGAUCUUUCAGUAACGCAUGGCCAAGCUGCUAAGCCGAUGAAAACAGAGGAAUCUGAAGAGAAACCUAACGCCGCUUGUGUUGCAGCUCUUGAUACGAUACUCAAGUCUCUGAGGAAGAUUAAGGUUUUCUUUAGCGAUGUCAAGAUAUCUUGUUGUCAAGAAACACAUCAGAGAUUCGUAGAUGUUUAUUUAGGCCAACUUCAUGGUGACUUUCUCAGAAAUCUAAGUCUCACUCGCCCUCUGGAAGAAAAUGGUAUUGGAGAUAUUUUAGUAACCGUCUUGAAUCUUCUGCCUAGAUGGGAUCGUCCCUUUGAACUCUGCGAAAUGUUAGAAAAGAACUGCAACAGAUGCAAAACGGAUAUGAAAUAUGAAGCUCCGUGUUCUUAUGGUAUAAUCAUCACUGCAAAUUCACUCAGGGAAACCAAAUCUGUACUCAAGCAUUUUUCGUUUGAGAAGAUCCUUAAGGUCAUCAGGAUCAACUUCAAGAUGCUUUGCAAAAGGGAAGGGUGUGGGAAACGAAGCUAUGUUGAACGUGUGAUAAAGAUACUUCCAUCUGUCUUGAGUGGGAGAACAAUGAGACUAGAGGAGAGAGACGAAACGAUUUCUGUUUUUUCGACCGAGAUAGAUAUUAGUGUUAUAUACCAAUUCGAUGGUGACUGUCCAUACACCAAAUACCAUCUUGUGUCAAUGGUUUGCUUGCAUGGAGAUCAAUGCAAUUGCAUAGGUUAUGAAAACAAUACAUGGGUUAGACAUUUUGGAACUGAGGAAGAGGUUAUUGGAGAGUGGGAUAGUGUUCUCAGCACUUUUAAAAAACUCAAUAUGCCACCACAGAUUCUAUUUUUUGAAAACGUAAGCAACUUGGACUGCAUAAUUGCUUUACGUUUUUGUUUUCUUGUGUGUUUGUUUUCUCAAUUCCACCUACUUGAAUUUCAGGUUGAGGAGAGGGAACUGAUUGUGAACAAGCAGAGAGAUACGAGAAGGGAUUUGGAUAGUAUGUUAGCAAAGUUAGCAGAACAACGGUGA